CAGCCCAUCACAAUCACUGGUCUGCUGGGAGGAGGAGGAGGAGGAGGGGCUCUUUCUUUCUCCUACAGUAAAGUUCACUCCUUUUCUUUUUGCCAUUAUCUGUUUGCCCGUUUGGAUGAUCAGUAGUUUGGAACAUUUGUUUUUUCGGAUUGUUUUUAUCACUUUUCAUUACUUCACUGCUGUUUUACUUUUACUUUUCAAACUUCUUUUGUGUGUAGUUUUCUUAAAGAACUUAAUAACCUUUCUAAAAAGCUUUAAAUAGUUUUGGGGCUGUCAGAUCUGUAACUUUCUUCAUUCAUUUCAUUCUGUCAUCCUUUUUUCUUAUCGUCUUUCAGUUUGGUUUUAUCGUGAACUUUGCAGGUUUCUCACAUUCAUACUGUAAAACAAAUAUUUUUAUUUUUAUUUUUUCUGUGACCCACUAUAAAUCACUAGCUGAGAGGGUUUGUCUGCAGUUGUCCUGGUCUGGCUUUGUUCUGGCUUUGCUUAGUCCUGUUUUUGGGCUCAGCUGAGACCUGAGAAGGUCCAUGCAGCGCUACCGCCAUUAUGGGGUCUCCUACACCUCCUCCUCGCCCUCCUCAGCUCCUGUACAGGAGGUCCAUGCUGAGGAGGUGUACACUGAAGAUGAGGUGUAUGAAGAGGAGGAGCCACUGAUAGAGGAGGGAGUGCAGGCUGUGGCCCAGGAGACAGAAGGUGUUAAUGAGGAGGAGGUCCCGCGGACGGAGGAGGAAGGAACACCUGCUGUCUGUGAGACAGAGGCCAAGACACUGCCAGUGGAAAGCAAGAAUGGAAAGAGGACAGAAGGAGGAGGAGGAGGAGGAGGAGACGCAGGGGCAGGUCCCAAAUACUCCAUGUUUACCUGGUUUGUGGUCCUGGCUCUGCUGGGAGUGUGGAGCUCUGUGGCCGUCGUCUACUUCGACAUCGUGGACUAUGACAGCGUCAUUGCCAGAGCUAAGGAGUUUCAUAUGAACUUUUCUGAAGUUUUACAAGGUAAACUGACGGCCUACGACGCAGACGGAGACGGAGACUUUGACGUGGAAGAUGCCAAAGUUCUGCUCGGGCUGAAAGUGUCAGAGAGACCAGAUGUGGGAGAUUCACCUGAGGAGAAAACAGUUUUAAAACCUGAAGAAAGCAGCGAACAUGUGGCUGAAACACCCAGUCGACCAGCUGCAGAGCCGACAGAGUCCACGUCACCUGAAACCCCGACCGAAGAGACCGAAUCAGUCUCUGGAUCUCAGGAUGUGGAGUCUGAAAUCCAAGCUGCUGUCCCUCUCCCUCCUUUGGUGGAAGACGACUUUGUACCAGAUGAUCCUCGAGACAGCGUGGAUCCAUAUGAGGAUGAACCCGACACAAUCGACGCCACCGGUGUUUUAGUGAAAGAGCCGCCGCCAGAGGAGAGUGUAGAGUCCACUGUAGAAGCAGAGCAACAGUCUGGACCACCAGCAGACCCAGAACCACAGGCUCAGACGACCAUCCCAGAGGCCGAGGGAACAACAGAGAAACAGCCUGAGGAGAAGCUCAGAGAAAAAGCAAAGAAGAAGAAACCGAAGUUACUGAACAAGUUCGAUAAAACCAUCAAAGCUGAGAUCGACGCAGCAGAAAAGCUUCGCAAGAAGGGUAAGGUGGAGGAAGCAUUAAGAGCCUUUGAGUCGCUGGUGCAGCAGUAUCCACAGAGCCCCCGCGCUCGCUAUGGAAAAGCCCAGGCGGAGGACAACCUGUCUGAGAAGCUGCGUAGUAACGACAUGCUGCAGAGAGCCAUCGACAGCUACAGAGAGGCAGCCGAGCUUCCGGACGUGACCUCUGACCUUCUGAAAGCUGCGCUGAAGAGACGAGCUGAGAGACAGCAGUUCCUGGGUCGGAUGCGAGGGUCUCUGGCGACUCUUCAGAGGCUGGUUCAGAUCUUUCCAGAAGAUAUCAGUCUGAAGAACGACUUGGGCGUCGCCCACCUGUUGCUAGGGGAUAACAAGGGGGCGAAGAAGGUCUAUGAAGAGGUUCUGGCAGUGGCCCCAAGUGAUGGCUUCGCUAAAGUUCACUAUGGCUUCAUCCUGAAGUCGCAGAACAAGAUUGCAGAGAGUAUACCGUACCUGAAGGAGGGUUUGGAGUCAGGUGAACCAGGGACGGAUGACGGGCGGUUUUACUUCCACCUGGGAGACGCUCUGCAGAGGGUCGGAGACGACAGCGCGUAUCACUGGUACGAGCGGGGUCACCAACGUGGCCACUUUGCCUCGGUCUGGCAGAGAUCUCUGUACAACGUGGACGGACUGAAGGCUCAGCCCUGGUGGACGCCUAAAGAGACCGGAUACACUGAUCUGGUCAAGAUGCUGGAGAGGAACUGGAGGACGAUCAGGGACGAGGCUCUGGCUGUGAUGGACCGAAACACUGGAAUGUUCGUACCUGAGGAGGAAAACCUGAGAGAGAAAGGAGAGUGGGGCCAAUACACACUGUGGCAACAAGGGAGGAAAGUCGGAAAUUCCUGUCAGGGCGUCCCGAAGACCUGCGCCCUGCUGGAGAGAUACCCCGAGGCUACGGGCUGCAAGAGAGGACAGAUUAAGUUCUCAGUGAUGCAGCCAGGUACCCACGUGUGGCCUCACACUGGUCCCACUAACUGCAGACUGAGGAUGCACCUCGGCCUCGUCAUCCCCAAACAGGGCUGCAGGAUCCGCUGCACCGACCAGACCAGGGAGUGGGAGGAGGGUAAGGUGCUCAUUUUCGACGACUCCUUUGAACACGAGGUUUGGCAGGAAGCCGACUCUUACCGCCUCAUCUUCAUCGUGGACGUCUGGCACCCGGAGUUAACGCAGCACCAGCGCCAGACUCUGAGCCCGAUUUAGAUCAGCCCGGACUCACCGAGGACCAGGGAACGAAUGUGGACUGCAAACCUGGUAAGAAUCUUGAAUGAUUCUUCCUCUGUGGAUAAAACUGCUAAAGUCACUGACUGCCUGAAUCUGAGAAGGACCAGAAGGAAAGUUUGACGGACGGACUGGCAGGAUUUUUUUUUUGUUUGUUGCUUUUUUUGUGGAUAAACUACUAAAACUGCAGAAGACGAAGGACAUUAAAAAUGAAAUGUGCAUUUUUUCUGGGUAAUACUACUGACUUGGCAACCUUUCACCAAAAAAAAACAAACGGCACACAUGCGGUACUUGUUUUACCCUGUUUGGACCGGGUGCACGUC